AUGUAUGUUUUUGGCGGCUGGGUUCCCCAGAGACAAUGUGAUGAUAGUCUGUUAUCCAAAGAUACACUACCUCCACCAUCACAAGUUCAGCUGAUCCAAGCUACCACCAAUUCUUUUCACCUUAAAUGGGAUGAACUUCCAACAGUGGAGGGAUAUAUUUUGCAGUUGAAUCCAGAAUCUCCAGCUUCCUUAGUUGCUGGAACUCCUGCUCCCAUCAGUGAAAUUUCAUCACUUAAUCAAGGCAACAGCCAUUCUGGAGUUUAUUCAACUACUCUGCCUUUGUUUCAAACAGGCCUUUUGGGUUCUGGUGAAGGUGCAGACUGCCAAGUGUCCCCACAGCAAGCUGUAAAUUGUAUACUUUCUUCUGGCCUUCAAGAUGACAUGUGUGAACAAAACAGUCAAGUAUUUUGCCUAAUAAGAUCUGGCCGGCUACAAAUUCUGCCACCAAAUUUACUGCAAGAAAGAUCUGUGGUUCAAACUGAGAAUCCAUCACUUUCUAGCAGAACAGAAUUAAAUGGCAAGCAGCAAACACAGUUCAAGCCCAAAUCUGCAGUUAAAACUCCACUGCAAUAUAUGCCUUGUAUUGAUAGCUGCACAUCACAAGUUAAGAGUACACUUCCACACCCAAAUAAUGGUGAUCCAGAUUACACACUGCUAAAAAAGCAUGAUUUAUUACCGGGAAGUGUUUACAGAUUCAGGGUGGCAGCAAUUAAUGGAUGUGGAGUGGGUCCUUUCAGUAAAGUCACUGAAUUUAAGACAUGUAUUCCAGGAUAUCCUGGGGCUCCUUCAUCUGUGAAGAUUACAAAGAAUGUUGAAUGUAUCCAUAUAUCCUGGGAUAUACCCUCUUCACCCACGGGAAAUAUUCUAGAAUAUUCAGCCUAUUUAGCCAUACGCACCUCACAGCUUUCAGAGACUCUAAAUCAGCUGGUAUUCAUGAAGAUUUACUGUGGUCAAAGAACUUCUUGCAUUGUGACCGCAGCACAGCUGACAAAUGCACAUGUUGACUGCAGCUCUAGGCCUGCUGUGGUGUUCAGAAUUUCUGCAAAGAAUGAAAAAGGCUAUGGCCCAGCUACUCAAGUGAGGUGGCUACAAGAUUCAUCUAAAAAUAAAAAGGAAACAAAGGCCGCAGAAAAACAGUGUGUACCUCCAUCACAAAGCAGAGAAAAUGUAAUGCUCAAAUUGGAGAGUCCGUAGCAAGAUAUGGAGGAGAUAUCCAGAUUCUGAAAGGCAUUUGUCAUCGCAACUGAAAGGAUUUCAUGCUGUCCCUUUGUUUUUUGGGGGGUUUUGGCUACUGUUUUCAGUAGGUGUAGGUUUCACCUUUUGUAAUAUUUUGUAAAUCUCAAAAUGUUUAUUUUUGCAUUAUGCUUAUAAGACUU